AUGAGAUUAAAGAUAUGUUAUGAUCAAGGAGCAUUUUGCACUUAUGAGAAGGAGACAGAAGAGCUAAAGGUAUUAUCUUUGAUCACGAGAAGUACAGAGAUAACCUACCGGAUUUCUGCGCUUGAGCAGAACCACAUCGAAGAGGGAAAUUCCGAAUCGAGCUCUCCACACUCAUUUGGAAACCUGCGUUUUCGUCAUGGCUCCAGCGCCCGUUACGAUUCCGAUUUCAAGGAUCAUGUAUGGGUGAAAACAUCUGGAAAAAUCUGUUCCGAAUUUGUCGACGAGCUCCCCGAAUUAUAUGAGAUAUAUACAACAAUACCAAAGCGUGAAAAUACUGCUACACCAAAUACAACUGCCCGGCGGAGUAAAACCCCUCAAUCUAUUGUCUCCAAAAGCUUGAUAGAAUCAGCUAGUACAUCUCGUACAAAAGCAUCUAGAGAUUCUUUUCCCAGGAAUCAGGCAAAGUCUCCAGGGAAGAGGCAGAGGGCAGAUGAUGACAGGUCAUGCGUUUCAAUUAAACAUUCAAAUGUCAAGUCCUACCCAAGAAGACCUGCAAAAUUUAACGGAGAUCUCACUGAAUCGAGCAUUUUGGAUAGAGUUGUGCCCCAGCCACCACUGGGAUGGGACCCAUCUACAUUCUUUCCCCAAAAAUUGAACAUCCAAAUCGCAGAUGUUGAUGGGCUAUAUCAGUCGGAAACACAGUCUAUACAGGAAGCCUGCCUUUUGAGGUAUUUUGUAGAUGAACUGGCUUGUUGGUUUGACCUUUGUGACCCAGAGCGUCAUUUUGCUUUAGUAGUCCCACAUCGAGCGAAGCACUGUCCAGCACUUCUCAAUGCUAUAUAUACAGCAUCCGCCAGACACCUUUGUCGGCUCGGGCAGUACCAAAAGAAUGGUGUGGUCGAAUAUCAAGGGAAAAAGUUACUUAACCUACAUGUGGAGACUGCUAUCGAAUACCAUCGCAAAUGUAUUGAGCAUCUUGUAUCUGCAUCCGAUGAUCUAGAGGCUCUGUAUGAUGAAAAUUUAUUGGUGGCUUCUGUGAUAUUAAGAUUCUAUGAAGAAGUAGACGCCCCUUUGAUUGGUGGAGAAGGGGAGACGGCACAGAGAGUAACUCAAGGAUUCAUUACAGCUCAAGCAUCAGGAAGUCUUGAUAGCAGUCUCCGUAGAGCUGCCUUUCGCGUGGCGUAUAGACAGGAAGUUCAUAUGGCAUUUGUCAGACAAAGAUCUUUUCAUAUGCCUUUACAGUGUCAUGAAUAUCGAUCCUUCGAAUACGCAGACGAUUAUACCUGGGCCUAUCGAACUAUCGUUCAUUGCGCCGAUAUUUUACAAUACUGCUACGGCUCCGGCAGUAAAACCAAUAGCGAUUACGACAUGUUAGUUCAGUAUCAUGAAGCUUGGGAAAAGUUACGUCCACAAUCCUUCGACGCACUGUAUGAAAGAGGUGCGGCUGUGAAUACAAGACAGGCUUUCCCUGAGAUAUGGUAUGUAUCUGAUUGUCAUGUCACCGCUCAUCAACAUAUGGAUAUCUCUCAGAUCCUACUCACAACCUACAACCCGCGAGUACCUAGAUUAGGACCAGGUCAUCGAGCAGCUAGCCAAAGAAUAGAGGCACAAAUCAACACGAUGGUUCAACGUCUCUGCGGUGUGGCAAUAUCAAAUCAUCGGUCUCCACCCGCCAUGAGCACCGCAUGUAUGGCCAUUUCCAUGUGCGGAGAACAAUUUACAGAUACCGAAGAGCAGAAAAGUAUUCUCGAGGUAUUAAGAUACACCGAAAACCAACAUGCGUGGCCAACAAAACACAUUCAAGAUAGAUUGAUAGAGGCUUGGGGGUGUUCCAGCAAAGGAACAGUAAGUCAUGGCCAAGAUAUUAUCGAAGAUGAUAUGGUAACGAUAGAUGGAUGGUUGUUGUAG